AUGGCUCACCACCAACCUCCCAAUGCUCCUAUCCUUAUAUCCUUUCCGGACUCUAAUGAGCUCGUUGACUCUCUCGCAAAGUUUAUUGCAAAGGCACAGAAAGACGCCAUCGACAAGAAGGGUAGAUUCACAAUCGCCCUCUCAGGCGGUUCCCUUCCAAAGAUGCUAAGAGGUCUCAUUGGGAACCCUCAAAUAAAAUGGGCUCACUGGCAAGUCUAUUAUGUCGAUGAGCGUGUUGUGCCUCUCGACCACCCUGAUUCCAACCACCGCUCCUGCAAAGAGCAUCUCUUCUCUAAAGUCCCCAUUCCGGAUGAGAACAUACAUGCAAUCGACCCGACUCUUCUCAAUGACCUUGAGGAACUCUCAGACGCUUAUGAAAAGACACUCAUUCAUGAGUUUGCCCAGAAGGACGCAGCUCGUUUCCCCGUUUUCGAUCUCAUACUCCUUGGCAUGGGUCCCGACGGACAUACUGCUUCCCUGUUCCCGGGACACGAACUUUUGGCAGAGGAAGACCGAUGGGUGGCUUAUGUUGACGACUCUCCCAAACCCCCUCCCAAACGAAUUACAUUUACAUACCCUGUCAUCAACCAUGCCGCCAGAGUCGCUUUCGUUGCUGCUGGGAAAGAAAAGGCCGAGACUCUUACUACCAUUUUGGACCAUCCAGAAGAAGGUCUUCCUUCCUCAAGAGUUAAGCCCGCAUUCCCGGGCCAGCUCUACUGGUUUGUAGAUGAUGCCGCAGCCUCCAAAGUAGCGUUUCCCCGAACACCCUUCCAACUCUGA